AUGGUCAAGCGCGAGAACUUCAAGACAUGCACCCAGUCCGGUUUCUGCCACCGUAACCGCGCCUACGCCGAUGCCGCCGCCUCCUCAAGCGCCUGGGAGACCCCUUACAACCUCGACUCCUCGUCUAUCAAGUUCUCCAAUGGCCAAUUAACUGGCACUGUCCUCAAGACUGUCUCUUCCACCAGCGAAUUUGUGCUUCUACCACUCACGGUCACGUUCCUCGAAUCCGGCUCAGCUAGAGUUACCUUGGAUGAGAAAAGGAGACAGACAGGGGACAUCGAGCUGCGGCAUGACAGCAAAGCACAGAAGAAGAGGUAUGAUGAGGCCGCCAAGCACGUGAUUAUUGGGGACGUGAGUGGCAGCAAGGGCGCAGCAUUGGGCAGAGACACCGAAGCUGGAAGCACGCGAGUACACUAUGGACCCGCGGGAACGUUCGAGGCUGUCGUAAAGCAUUCGCCCUUCACGAUCGAGUUUAAACGAGAUGGUGAAACGCAUGUUGUAUUCAAUGAGCGAGGCUUCCUGAAUAUUGAGCAUUGGCGGCCGGAGGUCAAGAAGGAGGUCAAAGAGGGGGAAGAGGGAGAGAAUGCGGUCGUCGAUGAGAACGCGGAAGAUGAGAGCACGUGGUGGGACGAGUCUUUCGGUGGAGCGACGGAUAGCAAGCCAAAGGGCCCGGAGAGCGUGGCUGUUGACAUCACGUUUCCUGGUUACGAGCAUGUUUACGGUAUCCCCGAGCAUGCCAGCAGCUUAUCGCUCGAGGAGACACGCGGUGGAAAUGGCGCUUACUCGGACCCGUAUCGGCUUUACAACGCCGACGUUUUCGAGUACGAGCUGGACAACCCGAUGACGCUCUACGGAGCCAUCCCCCUGAUGCAGGCCCACCGAAAGGGCUCGACCGUUGCCGUGUUUUGGUUGAACGCUGCGGAGACUUGGGUUGAUAUUGUGAAAAGCAAAAGCGCAGUCAAUAAAAUGAGCCUAGGUAUCACUGGGACGACGGACACUCAGACGCACUGGAUCUCCGAAAGUGGCAUCUUGGAUGUCUUUGUCUUCCUCGGACCCACACCGAAGGACAUCAACCAAGUAUACGGCGAGCUCACUGGCUUCACACAGCUGCCGCAGUAUUUUGCCAUCGCCUAUCAUCAAAGCCGCUGGAACUAUGUUAGCGGUGAGGAUGUGAUGGACGUGGACCGCAAAUUCGACAAGUCCAAGAUCCCAUUGGAUAUCAUGUGGCUCGAUAUUGAAUACACUCACGAAAAGAAGUAUUUCACUUGGGACCCGCUGAUGUUCCCUGACCCUAAGAAGAUGCAUGAUCACAUGGCGGCGCGCGACAGAAAAAUGGUCGUCAUCAUCGACCCACACAUCAAGAACACAGACAACUACCCCAUCGUCGAAGACCUCAAAUCUAAAGACCUAGCGACGCACAACAAGGAGGGCAAGACCUACGAAGGGUGGUGCUGGCCCGGCUCUUCCCACUGGGUCGACUGCUUCAACCCCAAAGCCAUCGAAUGGUGGAAGAGCCUCUUCAAGUACGACAAGUUCGGCUUCCCCAACACCUACAUCUGGAACGACAUGAACGAGCCCUCCGUCUUCAAUGGCCCCGAAACCACAAUGCCAAAAGACAAUCUCCAUCACGGCAAUUGGGAGCACCGCGACGUGCACAACCUGAACGGCCUAACCUUCCACAACGCAACCUACCAAGCUCUCCUCUCCCGCGCGAAAGGCGAGCUCAAACGCCCCUUCGUCCUCACGCGCGCCUUCUUCGCCGGCUCCCAGCGCACCGCCGCCAUGUGGACGGGCGACAACACUGCCGAGUGGGGCCACCUCGCAGCCUCGAUCCCCAUGGUGCUCAACCAGGGCAUCAGCGGCUACCCCUUCGCGGGCGCAGACGUGGGCGGCUUCUUCGGUAACCCUUCAAAGGAGCUCCUGACGCGCUGGUACCAGGCCGGAGCCUUCUACCCCUUCUUCCGCGCCCACGCGCACAUCGACUCCCGCCGCCGCGAACCGUAUCUCGCCGGCGAGCCCUACACGGGCAUCAUGACGCAGGCGAUUCGCCUGAGGUACCAGCUGCUACCUGUGUGGUACACGGCGUUCCACGAAGCGGCUACGAGCGGCGCGCCGAUCGUGCGCCCGAACUUCUGGGCUUUCCCCGCGGACGAGAAGGGCUUUGAUGUCGACGAUCAACUUUAUAUUGGCAGCACGGGUUUGCUCGCUAAGCCUAUUGUGACCGAGGACGCGGAGUCGGUGUCAAUCCACCUCCCGGACGCAGAGCCCUACUACGACUACUUCGACUACACUGUCUAUCGCGGACCGGGCGCGGUGACUGUCCCAGCACCACUGGACAAGAUCCCGCUCCUCAUGCGCGGUGGGCACAUCGUUCCGCGGCGCGACCGGCCACGGCGUAGCUCCGGGCUCAUGAAAUGGGACCCCUUCACCCUGGUCGUGGUGUUGGAUUCUCAGGGAAACGCGGAGGGGAGUCUCUACCUCGACGACGGCGAGAGCUUCGACUACCAGCAAGGCGCACACAUACACCGGCGCUUCAGUUUCGAUGCGCAGACGAAGAGCCUCACGAGUACGGAUGCGGCGACCAAGGGGCCGAAGACGGCGGAGUGGCUGAAGAAGAUGGGUGGCGUGAGGGUUGAGAAGGUCGUGGUUGUUAAUGCGCCAGCGGAGUGGAGGGGGAAGGAGAGUGUGAGGGUGAGUGAGGAGGGCGCGAAGGAGAGUCGGCGGAGGAGGGAGGUGGGGCUUACUUGGCAUGAGGGGGGUGCGGGGAAGGCGAGUUGGGCCGUGGUGAGGGAUCCGGCGGUGGGGAUUGGGAAGGGGUGGAGGAUUGAUUUCUCAUAA